AUGGUUUUAUUAUUACCAGUCAGUGGGAAGAGUUAUGAGUGGCAGCUGUAUUCUGGGAAUCAAUGGCUGCGAAUUGACAAUGAUCAUGUGAUCGAACGUCAUUACUGCCAACCGGGAGCAAAAGGCAUUACCAUCAACACAAAACAAGGGUCAGUCUUUAUAGACUUUGAUACGUUGCAGAUUAAUAAUCCAGCUCUGGGAGUGCAGAGACGGAGCCUCCUCCCUCAGGGCCUGACGGAGGACGUGGGCUGGUACUACAGAGACGACUUCCUGUGGCGUGAAUACGGAGCUCAGAACUCCAGCAUGUUAACAUCCUCCAUCWGCAGCACAGACAUUGAGCGGCACUUUGCUCUAAACCCUCAGGGAUCCCUUCGGUUCACAGUGGGCACUGUGGGAUACUCUGUGGAUUUUUCCUCCAUGACCCAAAGCAACCUCGUCACAGGCUUGAGCAGAAACGUACGCAGGCGUCCAAAGUUCACCUCCAACCCUGCAGGACUUUACUUGACCCCCAUCCGGUCUCUGUCCUCACCGCCCCAGCUGUCUCAAGGCGUUAAGUAUGAGUUUAUGGACGAUGAAGGACAAUGGACAGAAUACCAGGCACAUAUAUGUUCGUUCGACAGUGGUGCCAUUGAGAGUCAGUACCAGUUGAACCAGCAGGGCCAGCUACACUUCAGGAUCAACAGAUACACAUACACGUUGGAUUUUUCCAGUAUGUGUCAAAUCAAUAAUGAAAUUGGAACGACAAGAUCAGUGAGGAGGACUACAGACGGUGGGAUACAAAACAGCAGCAGUUCAAGCCCAAGUUGGCAGUUCCUAGAUCUAGAUGGGAUGUGGAAAGAGUAUACUAAAAGACACGGUCAGUGCAGCGUGUCCAGUUCAGACAUUGAGCUCCAGUACCAGCAGAACCCGUCAGGCUUGAUGACAUUUACCACCAAAAGGUUCAGCUACGAGCUCAACUUCUCAUCUUGGACUCAGACGAACCUGUCCACAAACACUGUCAGAUCAGUGAGACGAUAUGUCCAGUGACUGAAACGACGAGAUCGGGACAAUCUUGGUACUGCCUGGUCCGAUUUUGCACUUCCGUCUCAAGAUGUUUUAUUUCUUCAUCAGUUGAAAGGGUUUACAAAACUGCUGUUUUAAUUACAACAAAUCAUACCAUUAAGUGUCUUUGAAUGUUCAGGUUUCAGAUCAUAAACACAUUCAGACACAAG